AUGGGCCAGUCAAGCAGUGUAUCCGCGCCAUCAGCCUCAUCAAGAACAGUGACAAAUGAUGAGUUGUUAAAGCUGUUUUCAAGAAGUUGCAGAAGACAAUUCCUGCCAAUUGAACUGUUAUCCAUUGGUAAUAAUAUGAAGAAACAUGAUAAGGAUCAUAAUGAGCUGAUAAGUGAGAUUGAAUUUCAAGAAUUGCUGGGAUUGCCUGAUAAUAAUCAAAGAUUACUGGAGUUGGUUUAUAAUGGUGUGAAGAAGCUAUCUAAUUUCCCCUUGAUAAAUAGUGGUUCCCAAGGUAUCAAUUAUGAAGGCCUUUUGAAGAGUAUAGUGCUAUUACAUCCAGAGCGUUAUGGGAAGUUAUUGACCAAAGAUUAUGAUUACCUCAAGCUUGUAUUUAUAAUAUUUGCCAUUGAUGGACAAUCUCAAAAUAAGGAAAAGUUUGAAACUCAACCAGAUACUCAGAGUAUUUCUUAUCUCAAUGGGAAUUCAAUAUCAUGGAAAGACACUCCUGCUAUUCAAAACUUUGAUGAUGUUGAUAUUAGCACUUCUCAUAUCCGUGCAUCCGAUGCCCUAGAGUUGAUAUCAUUCCUUUUGGUCAUUUCAAGAUUAGAACCUCAAGAGCCAUUAAAAGUUUAUUCGGAAUCAUUCAAACAUUUUGACCAAUUUAAAGAAAAUGCUCUAUCAAUACUUCGGUCAAUGAAUUCUCAAAUUACUUUAAAGAAUCUUUCUUCUUCCCUAAUUACAUUUGAUCAAUUCUCAGCAGGUAUUGAAAAUGUGGCACCAAAUUUAUUACAUCCUCUAUCGAAUCUUUUGGAAAUUUUAUUAUAUGAUACAACAUUAACACAUAAUGAUGAAAAUCAAGAAAAUGAAGCCUUAAACCGAAAAGUUAUCAAAGUCACUUCAAGAUUAAUUAAUGACCAUUUCUUAGCACAAUUAUCCACUUUUUUACCCAAACAAUUAGUUUAUUCAAAUAUAAGGAAACUUUAUGCAGGUUCAGAUUCAGGUUUUUCAAUGAGAUCUUUUGAAUCAAAAGUUUUCAAAUGGAAUGCUCCAACCAUAUUACUUGUCAGUGGAACAAGAAUAAAUGAAAAGACAACUAAAAAUACAAGAUAUAAGAAUUUUGAAACUGAAUUUCAUAAAUUGAAAGCAGAGCCUUUAGAUUUCCAAAAUGAUGGUGAUAAGAUAACAUAUGGUGUUUAUAUCGCACAACCUUGGAGAAUUACAAAUAAAGAAACUUUUGGAGAUUCUCAUACAGAAAUUUUCCAACUUUCGCCAAUCCAAAAAAUCUUCAAACCAUCAAUAAGUGCUAAACAUUUCACAUAUUUUAAUACACUUGGUGGUGGUAUUGGUAUUGGAUCGAUUCAACCAACAAUAAAAGGGAAUAACAAAACUUAUAAUCCGGGAAACGUUUCACUUACAAUUGAUUCAACUUUGGAAUUUGCAGUUUUCAGACAUCUGGGUCUUGGAGGUGAAUUUAGAAAUACAAACAAUGAUGAACUGGGUUUGGAAUAUGAAGAUAGAUUUUUAAUUAAAAAUGUUGAAGUUUGGGGAUGUGGUGGUGAAAAGGAAUUGGCUGAACAGAAUAAACAAUGGGAAUGGGAACAACAAGAAGCGAAAAGAAGACAAAAUGUUAAUUUGAAGAGUAUUGGUGAGGAUCGAGCAAUUUUGGAAAUGGCUGGAUUAGUUGGGCAACAUCAAAGUGGUGGGUCUAUGUAA